ACUACCUUUGCUUUGCUAUAAACACUAGCAAGAAAAGGCCCUCAGUUUGUAAUCUCUCGUUCCUUCAUGCAAAUAACUCCAUUUCAAAUCAAAGGGUUUGAUGAAAAGAAAACUGUUUAGGCUUAACCCAGUUCUUUAAACUUUCUUGGAUUCACUAUCUGUACUUGAAAUCUUGUUAUUUUUCUUGGGUUCAAGUACUUACUUUUGGCUCAGUAAAAUCAUCAUGGAGGAGUUCAAAUUUUGGUGUGUUUUUAUCUUUGUUAUAUACACAAUAAAUUUGGGUGUUAUGUGCAAGGGGGAAGAUGAAAAUGGAGUGGCUUCAAUGAAGAGAACAGAGCAAGAAGCUUUGUAUUCUGCUAUUCAAGGUUUUGUGGGUAAAUGGUGGAAUGGUUCAGAUCUUUAUCCAGAUCCUUGUGGUUGGACUCCCAUACAGGGUGUUGGCUGUGACCUUUUUGAUGGCUUUUGGUAUGUCACAGACUUGAGCAUUGGACCUGUUCAUGAUAAUUCCCUUAGUUGUGCCCAAAAUGUUGAGUUUAGGCCCCAGUUAUUUGAAUUAAGGCACCUGAAAUCACUCUCAUUCUUCAAUUGCUUUGUCUCACCCCACCAUUAUCCCGUUGCAAUUCCUACUGAAAAUUGGCAAGGUUUCGCUGGCAGUUUAGAGUCACUAGAGUUUCGGUCCAAUCCCUGCCUAAUUGGACAAAUUCCAUACACUUUUGGGUACCUCAGAAAUCUCCGGUCGUUAGUGCUAGUGGAAAAUGGAUUGACUGGUGAAUUACCGGCGUUUUUUGGGAACUUAAUCAACUUGAGGCGGUUAAAUCUUGCUGGAAAUUCAUUUUCUGGCAGCCUUCCAGAUAAUUUUGGAGAGCUAAAUCAGCUUCUGAUUCUUGACAUGAGUAGGAAUUUAUUUUCUGGUCUCUUGCCUUCAACAUUUGGUGGGUUGACUUCUUUACUGAAGCUUGACUUAAGCAACAAUCAAUUGGAAGGAAAAAUCCCCCAAGAGAUUGGAAAAUUGAAGAAUCUAACACUCUUGGACCUAAGUAACAACAAAUUUUCAGGUGGGUUGACCACAUUAUUUCAAGAAAUGAGUUCCUUGGAACAAUUAGUCCUAUCCAACAAUCCAACGGGUGGUAACCUUACGAACCUUGCGUGGCAUAAUCUGAUAUGCCUAACUGUAUUAGACCUAUCGAAUACGAGCUUGACAGGUGGGAUUCCGGACUCGAUUUCAAAGUUGAAGAGGCUGAGAUUUUUGGGACUCAAUGAUAACAUGCUCACAGGAAAAAUCUCCACAAAGAUCGAAACUUUGCCUAAUAUUAGUGCAAUGCACAUCUAUGGAAACAAUCUGACGGGUGAACUUAAAUUCUCUGAAGGGUUCUAUGGGAAAUUGGGGAGGCGUUUUGGGGCAUGGGACAAUCCAAAUCUCUGCUACCCAUCAGGUUUGAUAUCAAGAAUUAAUGUACCAUUUGGGGUAAAAAAAUGUCAGCAAGAAGUAACACGAGAAACUGGUCUGGAUACAAGUUCCAGGUUGAAUAAUAAUAGGAUUUGGAAUCCAGAAUCCAAUCCCACGGUUUCUUUGGGAUUCUCAAUCUUUCGUAUUGAUAGAUUUAGGUACAUCUUUGUGUUUAUAGUUUUUUUUGGUCAUUUACUUUUCGACAUAGGUUUUGCUUGAGGUAGCAAUACAGCAUUUGUAAUGUAGAAGAAAGUCUAACCCUUAAUUCACUUAACAAGAAUUUAUCCUUUUUCUAUCC